CAAGGGGCGGACCCACGAGAAGAGGGAGGCUCGAAGGGAGGAAGCAAGUGGUGGCGAUUUUUGUCUCCGAAAAUUGUAAGAUAAUGAAGCAACCACAGUGAUGGAUUUUCUGGCCGAGAAUAAUGUAUGCGGGCAGACCCUGCUCCGGCUCGUGGCAAGGGCAAAUUCCAUUAUUGCAGAGUUGAUGCGUUUAUCUGACUAUGUUCCACAAGUAUUCAGAUUAGAGACUAAAGUUGAGCAACAAAAAUAUGGAGACAUUGUUUUGGAUUUCACGUAUUUCAAAGCCCCUGAAGGUUUCAAUAAGAAGAUUGAAGAGACACCCGUGUUAGCUGACAUAGAUGAUGAAAUCCGUGAGAAUCAGAGCUCCAUUAUUGAGAGAAUAUAUGCAGCAUUUGAGAGUAUUCAUCGGUAUGUCACAGACCUUAACAGCUUUUUGCAAGACCUCAAUGAAGGGACAUUCAUACAGAGAACUCUGGAGAAUGUUUUCACAAAUGAAGAUGGAAAACAGCUUAUGUGCGAAGCUCUACACCUCUAUGGAGUUAUGCUGUUGGUGGUCGACUCACUUUUUCCGGGUGUAGUUCGAGAAAGGAUCAUCGUUGCCUAUCAUCGUUAUGCAGGGCAGAAGGCCUCUAGUGAUACUAACAUUGAUGAUGUGUGCAAGUUGCUUAGGUCUACAGGAUUUUCAACUUUGCCAGGUAGCAGGAGACCAAAUAAUUAUCCUGAGGAUUAUUUUAGGAGAGUGGAGCUACCAGCAACUUACCUGAGUUUAGUCUUAGGUCAUUUAAGAUCAGAUGAUAUCUAUCACCAGGUUCAGGCUUAUCCAUCCCCAGAGCACCGAUCAGCAGCACUUGCAAACCAAUCUUCCAUGCUCUAUGUCUGCCUAUUCUUUACUCCAGCAACUCUCUACUCUCAGACUGCUAAAAUGAGGGAGAUAGUGGAUAGAUUUUUCCCUGAUAAUUGGGUCCUCAGCUACUACAUGGGUAUGACUGCAAACUUGAUUGAUUCCUGGGAACCCUAUAAAGCAGCUAAGCAAGCACUGAAUAAUACUCUAGAGGUUUCAAAUAUCAAAGAACAAGCCUCCAAAGUAGGUAUAAAAAUGGGGAAACUCACAAAGCAAACAGACCAGCUACUCUCUGAGGGUGCCAUGAGUGAAGCAAGAGUCCUGGAUCAUAACAAUAGGAUCCUCAAUCUUCUGAGGGAAUGUAAUGUGACACUAAGAUGGGCAGUGCUGCACGCUGCAACGUUGGCAAAGGCAGGCGGUGAAGGGAAUAAGAGAUGCAGAGCUGUUCGUGAUCAAGUUGUGAGUGAUAUGCAAUACUCCCCCAUGAUGGUGUUUCACUUGAUGCUGAACACAGCUACAUUAGAACUUGAAUUGAACACCAUAUACAAGAGGCUCUUUGAAGAGAAGUCAGUCAGAUGGGAUAAAUACCGCAAAGAGGCCAAUGAGCAAGUAUUGGAGCUCUCAGAGGUAUUUGCUGGGAGCAGACCUCUUGCUCGUGUAGCCAAGAAUGAGCGGCUUCAGAAAUGGUUCAAAGACAUUGGAGAACAGAUCUUGAGCCUCAGCUUGGAUGAACCUGGAUCAUCUGGGAGGAAGAUUAUACAGCUUAUUCAAGCACUCAAAGAAGUUAAAGAGUUCCAUGGUUUGGAAUCGAGUGCUGGUGUAGUCCAAGCAGUAGGAGAGGUGGUAGGUGCCUUGCAAGCAUUGGUGAGAGUUGCUGGGAUCACUGAGGACAACCUGGUUACACUGUCUCUGAUAUCAGACUUGUCUUAUGCAUGGAAGUUGGUGGAUGAGUAUACAUCAGUAAUGCAGUCUGCUAUCAAGAAGGACCCAUCUCAUGUAGCUAGAAUGCGAGCCACUUUUCUGAAGAUAUCUUCAGUACUAGAUCUGCCACUUUUGCGAAUCAAUCAAGCACGCAGUCCAGAUCUCAUUUCUGUGUCUGCAUAUUAUUCGGGAGAGCUUGUUGCAUAUGUCAGGAAAGUGCUUCAAAUUAUCCCUGAAACCAUGUUUGGGUUACUUGCAAAAAUUAUUAAGCUUCAGACAGAAAGGAUUAAACCAGUACCCACUCGUCUUGACAAAGACAAGAUGAGAGAUUAUGCACAGUUGCAGGAGAGAUAUCAGAUGGCUGAGUUAAGUCACGGUGUGGCUGUCCUGGCAGAGGGCGUUGCUAUGAUGGAGACAACUCUUGUUGGUGUGAUCCAGGUUGACCCUCGCCGGCUCCUAGAAGAUGGUGUGCGCAGAGAACUGGUGCUGUUAGUGGCCAAGAUACUACAUGAAGGACUGACAUUUAAUACAAAAGUGAAAGGAAGUGAACUUUACAAAAGAUUACAAGCAGUUGAACAACAGAUGACUGGUUUUCGUACUUCAUUUGAAUACAUCCAAGACUAUAUUAGUAUGUAUGGACUGAAGAUUUGGCAAGAAGAAAUGUCUCGCAUUGUCAACUACAAUGUUGAACAGGAAUGUAAUCAAUUGCUCAAGAAAAAAAUAUCGGACCAUGAGAGUGUAUACCAAAGUAUCGCAAUCCCAAUCCCAAAGUUCCAACCAGUCGACGCCCAGUCUGUUAACUUUGUGGGGAGGCUUGUGCGGGAGAUUCUUCGCAUCACUGAUCCCAAGACGACUGUGUAUGUGCCACAGUUGGGAACGUGGUAUGACAGUAAAACUCACACAGAAGUGCUUUCAAGUUCUGUCAUGGGGAAAGUGGAGUCCAGUAUUAGCACAGCUGGGCUUACAGGUGUUGACAAAUUGCUGGCUUUCUUGAUUGUGACUGAGUUACAGAACUUGGUCCGGGAGAUUGAGGUUGCCUGCCAGAAGGACCCCACCAUAAAGGAGAUACUAAGAACAAUAGCACCCCAGUUGACUCCAAACACUCAUGUAGUUGCACAACCUCAGAGGCAGUAUGUUGGGUGGGCUCAACGCACUAAUAAAUUGUCAACAUCUAUUGUUGAUCGCAUCAUGAGAAUAGGGCAGAUGCAGGUUCUCAGGCUCCAUGCUGCAAAUCGUCUCAAUUCCUCAUGCAAGUUUGAUGCCAAAUAUCUUGCAGCUGCACUUUCAACCAUGAAUGAAUCACUUAUGUCAGAUGUAAAGAAGCAUUAUGCUGAUCCUACAAGGCCAUACCCAGAUGAGGAUGGUGCUCUCACCAGUGAACUGAGUAUCUUUUUGGAAUGGUGUGGGAUGACCCAGCCCCUCAAUAGGAUCUAUAUCACCACACAGGCUCUGAAUCCUCUGAGCAUGGUGCUACUGUUGACUGUGAUCACCAGAUUCCAAAGAUACAUUAUGCA